AUGCCAUACUCUAUUAACCCUAAACCCGAGCCCUUGCGCUCGUGGAACGCCAACGCCAUCAACGUCCAGAACUCCUCUACUGUGAAACCGUCAAAACUCUCCCUCGUCUCUAGCAGAGUUGACACCAAAAAGGAGGACUCCAAGACCACGCCUGUUUUUGAUGACUCAGAAGCCAAAGAGCUGGAGGGAUCCAAGAACUCCAAGGGCAAACCUUCCGCCUGUGUCUUCGUGGCAAGUCUUCUUUACACCAAGACUGACGUGGAGUUGUGUAAGUCCGUCACGGACCACUUUGAGCAGUUUGGCAAGAUCGUCAACGUCAAGGUCUUGAGAGACUACUCGGGCCGUCCAUACGCGUUUGUUCAAUACGACAACGACGUGGACUCGAAGAACGCCAUUGCCCAGAGUCACAACGCAGUUCUCGACGGUCGUGUCAUCCGCUGUGAAGCCGCCAAGGUCAACAGAACCAUCUUCAUCACCACCUUCAACUCUAUCAGCAAAAACGCCGUAAUGGACACGCUCAAGGAGUUUGGCGAGACGGAGCUUGUUGUUGCUAGUGAUCAACACGGCAGGGUCAAGCACGCCACUUUAGACGAGGAAUGCCGCUUCUGGUUUGCCAAGUUCUCUUACCGUGACGACGCCAUCAGAGCUUUUGCCAGCUUGACCGAUGAUUCCGCUUAUCAUGUCGAAUGGGCCAAGAACAUCGAGGAUCAGUGCACGAACGGUAGGUUCGACAAGUACACCGUCUUUGUUGGCCUGUUGAGCCGUCUCGCUACCCACAACGACUUGGAGCGUCAUUUUCUGAGACACGGUGCUGUCAAGUCUGUUUCGGUGAUCCACAAGACGCUGGCGUCGUAUGGAUUUGUCACCUUUGAGGAAGAGGCCUCCGCUGCCAGUGCCGUUGCUAAGGAUAACCACACCAUGUUCAUGGACAGGAACAUCAACGUCCAGUACCGGGAGUUGAGCAACUACCCCAAGAUGAUCUUGUCGUCUGACAUGCCUGUGGUGUUGGCGCCCCCUCCGGUUAAUAGUAAGUUCAAGGCUGCUGCCAGAGCCAAGCACGAGAACGAACCCCAUGAAAGGCCAAGGGCUCCUGGAAGGAGUUUCUCCGGUGGCCUCGACCUGGCCUUCAGAGCCAGAAGAACGUCGCUGUACACCCAGUACAGGGACUACAACAGCAACUGGUCUGGUGCCGCAGAUAGCUACAGAUCGUGGCCCAGAUCCAGAUAUGGCACCGGCGGGCCCGAUGCCGAAUAUCAAGACGACGGAUCCCGCUACUACGUUGUCGGCCCCAGUGGGCGAAAAUAG